UUUGUGGGUUGUGGCUGGUAUAUAGUGUCACUGUCAGCAGAUUAUCCUGAGUGUGUAUUCAUCAGUGGAUCAGUGGAUAAUGGCUACUCUUGAUACUGGACUAUGUCUUUGUUUCUUCUUCUUGUUCCUAACUCAAGUUGUGGUUGGGUUGGAUCCAGUAAAUCAAGUCAAUUUUAAAGUGCCACUAGCUUAUCCAAAAUUUGAUCAGUGUGAUCCAGCCUGGGCUAAUGAUAUGAUGGCUGACAAGACUGUCUGUAAAGUUGGUUGUCUGAUGACUAGUGUUUCCAUGGCGAUCCGAUAUUACAACAUAACAAUAAACAACAAGGAGGCAACCCCUGGUAUCCUCAACCAGUGGCUGAGGACUAAUGGGGGCUAUGAUAAUGAGAGUGACCUCUAUGAACCAGCACUCGACAAACUAUCAAAUAAAAUAAAAUAUAUUGGAAAACAAAAAGAAUUGAUGUGGAGUGAUAUUGUUGAUAAUUUGAAUAAUGGAACAGUGACUAUAGCUAAUGUGAAACAUGGAAAGCAUUUUGUACUAAUGGUUGGAUACACUGAACCAGUCAGUGACUCAUGGCUUGUGAAUGAUCCGUAUCCUCCAUUUAAUCAAACUGUAUAUACGACUGAUGAAAUCGUAGGCUAUCGAGUGUUCACAAUGUAACUGAUUAUCAGUAAAAGUAUCGUUCAAAAA